UACUGCAUCUGCCGGCUCCCCUACGACGUUACCCGCUUCAUGAUCGAGUGCGACGCCUGCAAGGACUGGUUCCACGGCAGCUGUGUUGGGGUGGAAGAAGAGGAGGCACCAGAUAUCGACAUAUACCAUUGUCCAAACUGCGAGAAAACCCAUGGGAAGUCAACCUUGAAGAAGAAACGGAGCUGGCACAAACAUGAGCAGGGGCCAACGCCUGAUGUCAAGCCUGUGCAGAAUGGCAGCCAGCUCUUCAUCAAGGAGCUGCGAAGCCGGACCUUCCCCAGCGCGGAGGACGUGGUGGUUCGAGUGCCGGGCAAUCAGCUCACACUGGGCUACAUGGAGGAGCACGGCUUCACUGAGCCCAUCCUUGUUCCCAAGAAGGAUGGGCUGGGUCUGGCCGUGCCAGCCCCCACCUUCUACGUCAGCGACGUCGAGAAUUAUGUGGGCCCAGAGAGGAGCGUGGAUGUGACAGACGUCACCAAGCAGAAGGACUGUAAGAUGAAGCUGAAGGAGUUUGUGGACUACUAUUACAGCACCAACCGGAAGCGGGUCCUCAAUGUCACCAACCUUGAGUUCUCUGAUACCAGAAUGUCCAGCUUUGUGGAGCCACCUGACAUUGUGAAAAAACUGUCUUGGGUUGAGAACUACUGGCCAGAUGAUGCUUUGCUGGCUAAACCCAAAGUGACCAAGUACUGCCUCAUCUGUGUGAAGGACAGCUACACUGACUUCCACAUAGACUCUGGAGGUGCCUCUGCCUGGUACCACGUGCUCAAGGGGGAGAAGAUAUUCUAUCUCAUCAAGCCAGCCUUGGCCAAUCUCUCCUUGUAUGAGCGCUGGCAAUCAGCCUCCAACCACAGUGAGAUGUUUUUUGCGGACCAGGUGGACAAAUGCUACAAGUGUACCCUCAAACAGGGACAGACACUCUUCAUCCCAUCAGGCUGGAUCUACGCCACCCUUACACCUGUGGACUGCUUGGCCUUUGCGGGACACUUCCUCCACAGCCUAAGCGUGGAGACGCAGAUGAGAGCAUAUGAAGUGGAAAGAAGGUUGAAACUUGGCAGUCUGACUCAGUUUCCGAACUUCGAAACUGCCUGCUGGUACAUGGGAAAACAUCUGCUUGAGGCUUUCAAAGGUUCUCACAAAUCUGGGAAGCAGCUGCCACCUCAUUUAGUCCAGGGAGCUAAAAUUCUCAAUGGUGCUUUCAGAUCAUGGACUAAGAAACAGGCUUUGGCAGAACAUGAGGACGAACUACCGGAGCACUUCAAGCCUUCCCAGCUCAUCAAAGACCUUGCCAAAGAGAUCAGGCUCAGUGAGAAUGCCUCCAAAGCUGUCCGACCGGAAGUGAAUGCUGUGGUGUCUUCAGAUGAGGUCUGUGAUGUAGACAGAGGGAAGGAAGAACCCCCAUCUCCUGUGGAGACCACCCCAUCUCAGUCCCUCAUGGAAAAAGGGUCUAAAAAAAAGACUUCUAAAACUGUGAAGAUGCCCAAGCCAUCCAAAAUCCCCAAGCCUUCAAAGCUCCCCAAGCCCUCAAAGCCCCCCAAGGCACUAAGGAAUGAUAGUGUCAAGAAGAAAGGGAAGAGGUGCAAGGAAACAGGCUCUCCCACCAUCCCCAACUUGGAUCUGCUCGAGGCCCACACGAAGGAGGCUUUGACCAAGAUUGAAACACCCAAGAAGGGCAAGGCUGCAAAGAGUGUCUUAAGUGUGCCCAACAAGGAUCUGGCUAAUAAGCAAAAUGAUGUGGACAGAUUGGAAAUCCGAGAGCAGACCAAGAGCAAGUCAGAGGCCAAGUGGAAAUACAAGAACAGCAAACCAGACUCCUUGCUAAAAAUGGAGGAAGAGCAAAAACUGGAGAAAUCUCCUCUGUCAGGAAACAAGGACAAUAAAUUUUCAUUUUCCUUCUCUAACAAGAAACUCCUGGGCUCCAAGGGCCUCAAGCCACAGACGAGCCCAGGAGUGUUUGGGGCCCUGCAGAACUUCAAGGAAGACAAACCCAAACCCGUACGCGAUGAAUAUGAGUAUGUAUCAGAUGACGGAGAGCUCAAGAUUGAUGAGUUCCCCAUCAGGAGGAAAAGGAACACUUCUAAGAGGGACUUAUCUUUUUUACUGGAUAAGAAAGAGAUGUUCCAUGUACCCAUCAAGAAGCCAAAGCUCGACUCAGUGUUUUACAAGCAUAGUGACGACUCCUCCGACGAGGAUUCUCUGCACAUUGACACGGACACCAAGCCCAGCCGCAACGCAAAAGCCAGGAAGGAGAGCGGAAGCUCAGCAGCAGGCAUCCUGGACCUACUGCAAGCCAGCGAGGAGGUUGGCGCGCUCGAAUACAACCCCAACAGCCAGCCCCCGGCCUCGCCCAGCACACAGGAAGCCAUCCAGGGCAUGCUGUCCAUGGCCAACCUGCAGGCCUCCGACUCCUGCCUUCAGACAACCUGGAGCUCUGGCCAGACCAAGGGAAACUCCUUGGCAGCCCACAGUGCCCGGAAGAACGGAGGUGGCGGCAAAAGUGCUGGGAAGCGACUCCUGAAGAGGGCCACCCAGAACAGCAUGGACCUGGACGAGUACGAGGAGCAGGACCACCUGGACGCCUGCUUCAAGGACUCAGACUAUGUUUAUCCCUCCCUGGAGUCGGACGAAGACAACCCUGUCUUCAAGUCCCGGUCGAAGAAAAGGAAAGGCUCAGACGACGCUCCCUACAGCCCCACAGCAAGGGUAGGCCCGUCAGUGCCACGGCAGGACAGACCUGUGCGUGAGGGGACCAGAGUGGCCUCCAUUGAGACUGGACUGGCAGCUGCUGCAGCCAAGCUCUCCCAGCAGGAGGAACAGAAAAGCAGGAAGAAAAAGAGCACCAAAAAGAAGCUGACUCCAACUACCAUCUCCCCCUCCCCGUCCUCCGCCACCCCCGCCAGCACUGCCUCCUCGGCCUCUACCACCUCGGCCUCCACCUCGGCUUCCACCUCCUCAGCCUCCACCUCGGCCUCCCUGGUCUCUACCACACCGGCCAGCACCAGCACGGCCAGCAGCCAGGCCUCUCAGGAGAGCAGCUCACCUGAGCCCCUGCCAGAGGUGCCCAGCAGCAGCCUGGCAGACCAUGAGUACACAGUGGGUGUGGGCACCUUUGCCGGGGCUCCAGCUGGCCGUGCCUCCCAGCCCAUGGCCCCAGGGGUCUUCCUUACGCAGAGACGGUCCUCUGCCUCAUCCCCCAAUAACACCGCUGCCAAAGGUAAACGUACAAAAAAAGGCAUGGCCACCGCCAAGCAAAGGCUCGGGAAAAUUUUGAAAAUUCAUCGGAACGGAAAACUGCUCCUUUAA